AUGGGUGAUUCUACUGGCGAGCCGGGAAGCUCCAUGCAUGGAGUGACCGGUAGAGAACAAACAUUUGCUUUCUCGGUGGCUUCACCGAUUGUCCCAACCGACAAGACAGCAAAGUUCGACUUGCCGGUGGAUUCGGAGCAUAAGGCAACGGUUUUCAAGCUCUUCUCCUUUGCCAAACCUCACAUGAGAACGUUCCAUCUCUCGUGGAUCUCUUUCUCCACGUGUUUUGUCUCAACAUUCGCGGCUGCACCACUUGUCCCCAUCAUCCGUGAGAAUCUCAACCUCACGAAACAAGACAUUGGUAACGCUGGAGUUGCGUCCGUCUCUGGGAGUAUCUUCUCCAGGCUGGUGAUGGGAGCAGUGUGUGAUCUUCUAGGUCCACGUUACGGCUGUGCAUUCCUUGUGAUGCUUUCCGCACCAACCGUGUUCUCAAUGAGCUUCGUGAGUGGAGCGGCAGGGUUCAUAACUGUGAGGUUCAUGAUUGGGUUCUGUCUGGCGACGUUUGUGUCUUGUCAAUAUUGGAUGAGUACUAUGUUCAAUAGUCAGAUCAUUGGUCUUGUGAAUGGGACAGCCGCCGGGUGGGGAAACAUGGGCGGUGGGAUAACGCAAUUGCUCAUGCCUAUUGUGUAUGAAAUCAUUAGGCGUUGUGGUGCAACAGCGUUCACGGCCUGGAGGCUUGCCUUCUUUGUCCCUGGUUGGUUGCACAUCAUCAUGGGAGUCUUGGUGCUCAAUCUAGGUCAAGAUCUUCCUGAUGGUAACCGAAGUGCCUUGGAGAAAAAGGGAGAAGUUGCCAAAGACAAAUUCGGAAAGAUUAUGUGGUACGCCGUUACAAACUACAGGACUUGGAUCUUUGUUCUUCUCUAUGGAUACUCCAUGGGAGUUGAGUUGAGCACUGACAAUGUUAUCGCCGAAUACUUCUUUGACAGGUUUCACUUGAAGCUUCACACAGCUGGAAUCAUAGCAGCUUCUUUCGGAAUGGCCAACUUCUUUGCUCGUCCAGCAGGAGGCUAUGCAUCUGACCUUGCAGCCAAGUACUUCGGGAUGAGAGGGCGGUUGUGGGCGUUGUGGAUCAUUCAGACAGCAGGUGGUCUCUUCUGUGUCUGGCUCGGCCGUGCCAACACCCUUGUUACUGCUGUUGUAGCUAUGAUCCUCUUCUCAUUAGGAGCACAAGCCGCUUGUGGAGCCACCUUUGCAAUCGUGCCUUUUGUCUCCAGGAGAGCCCUAGGUAUCAUCUCGGGUCUAACCGGGGCUGGAGGAAACUUUGGUUCAGGACUCACACAACUCAUUUUCUUUUCUACCAACCGCUUCACAACUGAACAAGGGCUAACGUGGAUGGGAGUUAUGAUAGUUGCUUGCACGUUGCCUGUGACCUUAUGCCACUUUCCUCAAUGGGGAAGCAUGUUCUUUCCUCCUUCUAGAGAUCCAGUGAAAGGUACUGAGGAGCACUAUUAUGCUUCGGAGUGGAACGAGGAGGAGAAGCAGAAGAACUUGCAUCAAGGAAGUCUCAAGUUUGCUGAGAACGCUAAGUCUGAGGCUGGGCCACGUAGCCGCUCUGCUACACCGGCUUAGAACACACCCAACAAUGCUUGAUCAUUCCAAGAUUAAAAAUCAAUAAUUUUACUUAUGUGAAAUGGAAACAAACAAUGGGAAAAUAAGUAUUUCUUUCUUUCUUGAUAUGCUUUUAUUUCGUUUUGUAUUUCUUGAAUUAUUAUUGUACUAGUAUUAUGGCCCCUGCUAUGC